ACUUACAUCUGUGCGGUAUGGCUUAUUCGAUAUCAAUACAAUUGAAUAAAUACUGCAAAAAGUACAUAAUUAUUAAUCAUAAUAAAUAUAAGAACAUUGGAUUGAAUCGCUAAUAUACAAAACUUAUGAGGAGUUAAAUCACUUUUGUUUAUUUCAGUUACAACCAAGUAGAUUUGCGAAACUCAAAAUGUUGUCUGUUGGGCACGGCAGUCUCUGUCACGCGAACACGACACAACAUUUAACCCACCCAGGGAUAUUUUUUCCAACUUAACUGCCUGAGGUGUAAUUAGUCUAUUUUAGUCCUAUCACAAUGUAAAUAAGUAGCAAUCUAUAUAAAGCUAUUUUAUUGUUCUCUGACGUCACUUGUAACGCGAAUGGAGAGACUGCAGAGUUUCGGUGCAGUUUACGAUCGGGUCGCACACGCCGCGCCGCGUAACCGGUUGCGUAGCAAUAGUUUUUCUCGCGGCGCGUCACAGGGUGAGAGCGCACGGAAGCGAAGGUUGCGCCCGUGACCGCGCCCGCCCGCCGCGAUAGCGUCCGCCGUCCGUCGUCGCAGUAUCGCUCCGCGCUCGCUGCUUCUCGGACCUCGAACCGUAUCUAUAGUACAACGUGCACGAAGACCCUGGAUGUGCCCCGCUGAACCCAGUGAAGUGAUGUGCCACAUUAGCUGACGAUGUGUGAGUGGCGAAUGUGUAAAGUGUCUUUAUGCGCAAGAGGUGCGUACCGGCGUAGGUCUGCGCGACCGUAGCCCGUCAUGUGGACGCUGUCGUUGGCGCUGCUGGCCAUCGUCACGUUUGGCGGUGGAUCCAGCUUCUCUCCCAACAAGGAACUAUUAGAGUGUGCAAGCCAGAUCCUGUACAUGGACCAACAUUCGUACCAGAUUCCAACAAACUACAAUAGAAACAUUCCACCCGGCAAAAACACUACUGUAUAUAUAGGUGUCAACGUCAAUCGAGUCUCUGGGGUUGAUGAGAACAAAGAGGAGAUAACACUCGACAUUUUCCUACAAGCGUCAUGGGAGGAGCGGAGGCUCAAUGUCCCGCCCGAAAUUCCCUUCAUCGACUUGCCCUGGGAGUUCCGUGAGCUCAUAUGGACGCCAGACCUUUACAUCUGGCAGUUGCAAUCCAUGAAGAUCCUCUCCGUGCUUAAAGAGAUGGCUUCAUUGAGGCUUUACUCCAACGGCACCGUCUCAGUCAGUAUUGGUGCAACGAUAACGAUCAAAUGUGAGAUGGACUUCGUGCUCUAUCCACUAGAUGUGCAAAAUUGCGCGAUUGAUUUCAGUAGCUAUAAAUACACAAGACAAGACGUCCGCUUCGAGUGGCGAGAGGUGGCGCCGUGGCUCGGACUCGGACCCUCCAACGGGCAGCGCAGCCAGUUCCGGCUCCCCAAAUAUGUGGUCACAUUCGUCACGGACAAAAGUAAUCAUAUUCGCAAUUUUGGUGAAGGCGAGCACUCUGCCGCUCGUCUCCAGAUCAAGCUAUCCAGGGAGCUAAGGAGCUACCUUCUAGAAAGCUACUUACCAUCUUCGUUAUUUGUGAUCAUCUCAUGGGGCAGCUUCUGUGUGAUUCCCGAGAUUGUCCCCGGGCGGAUGGUGUUAUUAGUCACCACUUUGCUAUCGCUCGUCACUAUGUUUGAUACAGUCAGCACAAAUUCGCCGGAUGCACUGGAGCUAAAAUGCAUUGAAGUAUGGCUGAUCUCAUGCACGAUCUUCGUGUUCCUGGCUCUGAUGGAGUACUUCGUGGUGUUGUUCGGUAUCCGCUACGACAAGAGUUGGAGCCGUCGACGGCAGGACCUACGGCGAGCUGCCUCUGCUGCCCAACUUGCACCACCAAUGCUAAUGAAUCAUUCACAGAGAUUGAGUACUCCAGUGACAGGAACACCACAAGGUGGAGUGUUCAGUCCACAGCUCAGCGUCGAAGAUGAUGGCCUCAAACAACAAAUGUCCCAUCAAACAAUACAACGGGAUUCACCGAUGCUGGAUACGAUCCAGUCCAGCGGUGGUGGCGGCAUGUCAGGCCGGGGCACGCUGGCUCGGAUAGGCGCCCUCGUCGACAGCGGCGUUAUGUUCUGCGGCGCGCAACAUGGCGCCCUAGACCGGUUCGCGCUCAUGGUCUUCCCAUUUUGUUUCUUCCUCUUCAACGUUAUCUAUUGGACUACAUACCUCAGUGAGGCCCAUAGGGUCUAUGACAAGUGAGUGAAGUGAACUGUUAAAACUCGAUAGUGAAAGCACGUGUUGUCACCAAAAUGUGAUCGUUGUGCCUACAUAGACAUAUUGUAACAUACUUGUAAAUAUUAGACGAAUUGCUAGUCGAUUUUACAAAAGUGUGACCCCCUGUUAAUAAGUUAAGGUUAGGUAAGGGUUUUAUUAAUCUUUUCAAUAUCACAAUUUACUUUAAGACACAUCGAACCAAACCUUUUAAGUAAGUAUAAUACAAUACAUUGCUACGUUAUUUAUUAACUAAUUUCCGCAUUUCCUGUCGUAUAUCAUAGGAAAUUGAACUAUUUUACACACAUCUGAAUGAUAGGUAAUUUUAAAAUUGGCUCUUUAGUUAUUUGACUCUAUAUUAUUAUGCUACUAUUUUAAAUUAAAAAAAGACAGAUAAUUUUCUUUUGAAAGUUACAAACACUUUUUUACAUUAGUAAACUAACGUCAGAAUUUUCAGAAUUCGAUUAAUAAGAAUCUCACUGUAAGGUAAAUAAAUAUCUUAUUCGCAUUUUAUUACCUACACGAGGUUUAAAUAUAUAGAACCACUUUCUAAAGUAUCUAUCUAAUUAUUCAGAUGUUUUUGUAAUUUGACUGGUAUCUAAUGGAAAUCGUCCUGUAAUUUUUAAAGAUAUUCAAGGGAUUAAUUUUUUUUUAUGAUUGUUAAUUUUAUGCGAAUAAAUAUACCUAAAUAUAGGUACCUAAUAUAUUUUUGUUAAUGCAUAUUAUUUUAUCAUUAAAUUAUGCUUGUGUAUUAAUUGAUUCGUCCAAAGCUUUAAAAAGUGUUAAAGUGCCUUUUAUACAUAUUAAUAUAAGAUUUAAAAAGGACAUGCACAGACGAGGGACUUUAUCCAUGUGGGACAAAAUUCCCAGUUGCACCCACCGGGGACAUGCCAAUCUUACCACGAAUAUCUUCUUUUAUCUAUUUGUCAAUAAUAUUAUUGUCAAUAAUAGUACUGUCGUACUAUUUAUUUGAUACUUGAUUGAAUUUUAAGAAAAUAAAUUAUAUUCUUGUAAUUCAGCGUGCAAAGAUGUAGAAAUAAAAAAAAAUCGGUUUUAUGGGAUUACUUUGUAGUAAUCUAAAAUGUAUUUAAGUAAUUUAUAAACAAAGUGGAGUUGGAUGAAUUAAAUACAAAAAAUUAUGCCGAGGACUGUCCUUCGUUUACGCAAACUCUACUCCAAGCUCGGAAGAGAAAAAAAAAUAUAGGUAUACAUAUGCUUGGAUCUACAUAUCUGUUCUCCGUACCAUUUUUACUUGUAAAUAAUUAAUUAGGUAUUCAUGGAUUAAUUACAAAGUAUGUACUUAUUACAACUGCUCAAUACUAAAUUAAAGGAUUCUCGAUAAAUAUAUAUAAAUUCAUAAUAUUUUUAAUCAGAGUUGUAGAUGGUGGGACCAUUGUGAGCUCAUCGUUACAUCGAAGAUUCUAGUUUUUAAAUAACUUGCCUUGCUUUGCUCACAAUAUUCACUCAGGUGCCUUAGCUUUUGCUAUUGUAAAACCUUUCAGUGCUAUGGAGUUUUAUAAAGAGGCCCUUAAUUAAAUUAGCCAUUAGAAUUCGUCCCAAUAAAUUCCAUUCAAAGCAAAUAUCCGUAUGAUUUCAAGUUACAGUAACUACUUUAUAACGAAAUUUAUAGAACUAAAACUAAAUUGUUUAUUGGGUAGAUAUCUGUAACUAUAAAUAGAUUAAAAGGUAAUAUCUCAAACCAUGAAGAUAAUUUAAGAGAUUAACGUGUGCCUACCUUAAAUAAUUAACUACGCUUCGCUAUAUCUUUAAAGUUGAGAAACUUCAGAAAGCAUCCUUACUGCUAUAUCUUAUUAUAAUUGGUAAUUAUGUAUCCAUACAUUGUUAAAGAUAAAACAGUAUAAUAUAUAGAGUACAAAAUCUCGACCCCCCUCCCCCUAAAAAAAAAGCGUAAAAGUACCUUUCGUAAAAGCACUGCGACUUCAUUGAGAUAUCUCUGAGCACUGCCCAAUCCAAUUCGGUAAUAGUUAUACAAAUUUCUUAACCAUCUACAUAUUAUGUAAAUAUAGGUAGGUAUAUACUGACAAAACUAGUCGUACUAUCCAAGUUCAUAAGUCCAUUCAUAAAACGAUUAUGUUCCACAAAAAAAAACUACUUCAAUUGUGGCAAAAAUAGUUAUUUAUUUAAAAACUAAACUGAUUUUAAUAAAAUUUCUAUGCAACUAAUCUGUAAACUGUAAAUCCAUUCAGAUAAAAAAGGAAUAUUCAAAUUAGUUCAAAACUAACAGCAUUAUGAAGUAACAAACAUAAAAAAAUACAACCGAAUUAAAAACUUUCUUCUUCCGGAAGUAAUUUAAAAAUACAGUGAAGUGGCAUGGAGAUAUCACAAAGUUCUUACACACAAAAGGUAACUUAAUCGGAAACUGUCGUAUAUUUACACAACAUUUAUUGACAUAUAUCCUACUAGUGUUUGC